ACCCGGUGGUAUUCCAGGCUGUUGUGUGAGCUCGCUCUUCUCCCCCCUCUCUCGCUCCGCUGGGAAAGAAGAAAAUAAACCUCUUGCUGCUAACCAAGCUAGUUAUGGAACCAAACCUUUAAACACUCAUUUUGCCACCAGUGACUGGCCGGGAGGUGCUCUCUCUCCCUGGGAGAAAGGCACAUGAACAGUUCGGGUUUCGGACCGUCUCUUCUUCUGUAAAAGUCAAGUUGAAGACGGCAGGAGAGGAUUUCAUUAGCGAGCCUAUCUGCGAGCUAACUGGGCUAACCGGAGCUGAGCAGGGGAGCACUGGAUGAACUUCGCCUGGACUGACUGCUGCGACUGGGAUAAUAGCUGGCUGUCUGGCUGCAAGCUUUCUUUUCUGGCUGGUUCCUUCACAUGGGAGUCUGAUGUUACUUAAUGGACUCUAUCGCCUCGGAGCUUGAAGGCGAUACCUGUGUGCAAAUGUUGUUUUGGGGGGCUUACGCCAUCACGUUAUUGAUUUGGAAGCCCACUGGCAAGCUAACAGGAUAUUAGCCACCUCUCUCACUCCGCUUUGUGGUUGCAGGCCACGGACAGAAAAGCAUUCAUCACUGACUGAGUGAUGGGAAGGCUGGCUUGAUGGCAGCUAAUUAUUUAUUGGGAAGCAAUAAUUGGAUACGACUAAACAGACAAAGGGAGCGUUUGAUUUGAUUUGAUUUUGUCCUCAAGUAAUUCAACCCCCCGUUUUUUUUUACAUUUGAAAAUGUGUCGGAGUGUUGGAGCUUUUUCGAAGUUGGGAUAGAAGAGACGCACAAGAGAACAGCGGGAUUACAACUCCACUGUUGACAAAAGUCCUCCAGAAAAGAGUUUAAACAGAGGUGAAAGACCAUGUCUGCCGCAAAAGAAAACUCCUGUAGGAAAUUCCAGGCUAACUUCUUCAAUAAAAGUAAAUGUCAGAACUGCUUCAAGCCAAGGGAGCUGCAUCUCCUGACGGAUCAGGAUUUGACCCAGGCUAAACCUAUUUAUGGCGGAUGGCUGUGCUUGGCCCCUGAGGGAACUGACUUUGACAAUCCUAUGCAGAGAUCCCGGAAAUGGCAACGGAGAUUCUUUGUGCUGUACGAACAUGGCUGUCUACGCUUUGCCUUGGACGAAUCGCCAAGCACGCUGCCUCAGGGCACGGUGAACAUGAACCUCUGUACGGACGUCAUAGACGCCGAGCCCAAGACGGGCCAGAAGAACUCCUUAUGCAUCAUCACCCCAGAGCAGGAGUACUUCAUCAGAGGAGAGAAUAAAGAGAUCAUUAACGGGUGGAGCGAACAGCUGGUGGUGUAUCCCCGAACCAACAAGCAGAACCAGAAGAAGAAACGCAAAGUGGAGCCUACAACCUCCCAGGAGCCAGGUCCAGCCAAGGUAGCAGUGACCGGCUCUGGUAUCCCCGAGGCGGAGAAGGUUCCAGACUCCAGCUCCAUCAUCUGGCAGGAGGAGCUGAACCAGAGAGAAGCUGAGGGGGCUGCAGUCUGGACCGCUGCAGAGCUGCCCCCAGGAUCACCGCUGCCACCCACAGGAGACUGUGCGUCUGUGGGCCAGGGUUCUGACGCGGGCUCAGUGAACGGCGAUGAGGUGGACCGCAGCAGCCUGCCGCUGCACGGCUCCGUGCCCCAGCCCCCCAGUGACCUGCUCUCCCCGACGGGCUCCUGCUCCAGCCUGGGGGGAGUCCCUCGCUGCCUCUCCCCAGCCCCCAGCGACCCCUUCCCCUCGGGCAGCUCCCUGCUCUCCAACGGCUCUCACAUCAGCGGCUCAGUCAGCUCUCUGGACUCGGACGCCAGCGGCAGCACAGUGACCAGCACCGACAGCCACCCGGCCACCCACAGGGGCAGCCACGGGUACAGCCACCACGACACGCCGAGAUCCCGACGGCUGGAGGCCGAGGCCAGAAAGGCGGAGAAGAGGAGCCGGUUCAGGAGCCCUGACAGGCAGGAGAGGGAGGCCGUCCUCAGCCCAGAGAGGAGUCGCUCCGGUGUAAUUGAGAAGUUGGAGGCCUUGGAGCUGGAGAAUCCGGAGAAAAUGGAGGUGGAGGAGUCGGGGAGGAGCGGAGCCAGACAAGGCAGAAGCGAGCACAGACGUUUCCACAGAGAGGAGCAGAGGCAUGACGUGGGUCAGGGUCUGGAUUUCCCCUCCACCCUGCCGCCUCUGAGGAGAGCCAAGUCCCUGGACCGAAGAACCACUGAGUCAGUCAUGACACCGGAUUUACUGAACUUCAAGAAAGGUUGGAUGGUGAAGCUGGAUGAGCAAGGCCAGUGGAAGAAAUACUGGUUUGUGUUGACGGAUCACAGCCUGCGAUACUACAAGGAUUCAAUAGCAGAAGAGGCCUCUGACCUGGAUGGUGAGAUUGACUUGUGUACGUGCUACAAUGUCACUGAAUACCAGGCUCAACGCAACUAUGGGUUCCAAAUACACACCCAGGAGGGAGUCCACACUCUGUCGGCUAUGACAGCAGGUAUUAGGCGGAACUGGAUCCAGGCAGUCAUGAAGAACGUCCGACCCUCCACUGCUCCUGAUGUGGCAAGUUCAACAGAGGAUCACGGUUCCUUCUCUCCUCUGGAGGGUCUGGUCAGGCCAGACGUAACCCAAGACUCUCCCUCCUCUGAAGCCUCGUCUGUGGAGAGAGAAUCCAUGCAGGGGGUCAUAAAGAGCCGGGCGCGUGAGCGUAGACGAGAAGGCCGCUCGAAGACCUUUGACUGGGCCGAGUUCAGACCCAUCGCUCAGGCUCUGGCUCAGCAGCGAGCGCAGGAAGCCGAGAGCCUCCAGGCAGACCUGGGAGAGCUGGAGCGCAGUCGGAGAAGGGAGGAGAGGCGGAAGAGGUAUGAGUCUGUGACAUCGGUGGAACAAACAUCUGUUAAAGAAGGAGGGAGAACAGACUUUGAGAGUGGAGAGGGAGUCGGACACACAGGGCCUGAGUUAUUAGCCCCUUCAUCUGUGGAAAGGCAGCAGAGGGUGGAGGAGGUAAUUGAACAACACUGGCGACAGGUGGAGAAGACACCGGCACGGGAGGAGAGGAGGGUGCCUCUGCCUUCUACACUACAAUCCAGAGACACUGCAGAGCUGGAGCAGCUGUUGGACAAUUACAAGCAAGGGAUAGAAGACCUGAAGUCACAGUUGGAGAGCUGUCACCAGCAGCUUCUUGACUCCAACAAGCACAAGCAGGAGCUGGAGCUCCAGCUGAGAACAGCUCUGGAAAGAGAGCAAGACAUCCGGACGGGUUACAUCUCUCCGCUGGAGCACCCUUUGGGUCUGGAGGCUGAUGUGACGCCCCAGACGAAGAGGCCAGAACUGGCCACCUGUGAGAGGGGCUUUGCUGCCAUGGAGGAGUCCCAUCAGAAGGUGAUAGAUGAGCUGCAGAGGAAACACCAGAGAGAGCUGGAGAACCUGCAGGAGGAGAAAGAAAGACUGCUGGCAGAGGAGACAGCAGCCACCAUUGCUGCAAUUGAAGCGAUGAAAAACGCCCACCGGUCAGAGCUGGAGAAGGAGCUGGACAAGGCUCGCAAAGCCAACAGCAACGCAGAGAACGCAGACAUGGAGGAGAUCCGCAGACAGCAUGAGGAGGAGCUGUGUUCGUUCCAGCGGGAGAUCGAGGUGUUGUCGGAGCAGUAUUCCCAGAAGUGCCUGGAAAACGCCCACCUGGCUCAGGCGCUGGAGGCCGAGAGGCAGGCCCUCAGGCAGUGUCAGAGAGAGAACCAGGAGCUGAACGCACACAACCAGGAGCUAAACAACCGUCUAGCAGCAGAGAUCACUAAGAUGCGCUCUAUGGCAUCUGAGGAUGGAGUAGGAGACACAAACACUACAAUACAGGGAAAAGAGCUCUAUGAGUUGGAGGUGAUGCUGAGGGUAAAAGAGUCUGAGGUCCAGUACCUGAAGCAGGAAAUCAAUUCCUUAAAAGAUGAACUCCAAGCUGCCCAAAGAGACAAGAAAUAUGCAACAGAUAAGUACAAGGACAUCUACACCGAGCUGAGCAUCGUCAGGGCCAAAGCAGAGCGGGAUCUGGGCCGGCUCAGAGACCAGCUGCAGCUGGCUCACGAGGCUCUCGGGGAGCCGUCGCUGGAGGAGGUGGAGAGAGGAGGAUACGAUAUCAUGAAGUCCAAAAGCAACCCUGACAUCCUCAAGAUGGCAGCUGCUGCAGCCAAACGCUCAGAGCGCACCAUGAGAUCAAAGAGUCUAAAGGAAGGGCUGACGGCUGAGCAGAGACUCCACCUGUUUGAAAAUAAAGACACUAAGGAGUUCUGACAGUGACGCAUCGUGUCUACCUACCUUGCUGCAUGUUUAGAAGCCCACUAUAUUUUAGCUCUGUAAUGACUUAUUUAGUAACACUACACACUGGUCACAAAACACAGAUCAUAUAUUAUUAAAAGAAACAUGGUAUGAAGUUUGAAUUUCAUGUCUAGAGUUUGCAUUCCAUGCACUUCAGUUAACUGUGACAUUUUUUGUAUUGUUUAUUUUUUGCUGCCAUGUCUUACUGUAAAUACUGUUUUUAAUUGAGCAUCUGUCCUGCAUACACUAAAACUAUGACUGUGUAAGCUACUGUUUUAACUCCCUAGACUGUUGCUAGCCAAAAGGCAUAAAUGUGAUGUUUAACGGCUAAACACAGCUACAUUUUGAUGAGUGAGUAAUACUUGCAUAACGAAACCAUAGGAACAAGUCUGGCGUUCAGGUCUGCACGUUAAAACGCUCCACCCCUCCUUUAUCAUUCCAGCACAGAUGGAAGUGUUGCUCAGUAAACAAGCUAUGGAACAAAAAAAAAAGUGCUCGUCUGCAUUAUCAAAACAAGUAUCUACCAUGUUGCUUCAUCGCCUGACUUUAAAUUAACAUCAUAGAUGUUCUCUGCAAUCCUUCGAUCAACCUGAGAUAGAUGAAAAGGCGACAGCUGAAUGCAUAUGGAUUGGAUUCUUUGACUAUAAUUUAAAUAUAUAUAUAUAUGAAAAUUUAUAUAGAGUUUUUUUUUUUCUCUCACUGCAAUCAUUGGUCCAGCUGUAUAGGAGUUGUUGGAGUUGGUUAUGUUUGUAGUCUUGUUCAGUGGCAGUCCCUUUGUAUUUAUUUAAAUGGUUGGGAUUUUUCUUUCACAUUCCCAUUCCUCUGUACUCUAUUAUUGUAAAUAUAAAGCAAAUAUACACCAACUGACUACAGGUUUAUUAGCAAUAAAUAUUUUUGCACCCUUUGUGA